AUGGAAGCAGUAGAUUUUAUUUUAAAUAAUAAAUUAAUUUCUUUUGAAGCGACAAUUGAAGAAUGUGUUAAUUUACUUAAUGAUGAUGAAUACACAUUGGAUUUCAUAACCAGAGCUGUACGUACUGAAUCUUUAAUACAGUAUGGCAUUACAGCUGAUAAUUUUCCCGAUGUAAUCAGGGCAUCUAAACAACCCCAUGCUCCAGAAGCUUUAAGGAGGCUCGAAGCAAAUGAGCGAGAUGUUGAUGUUAAUGAAUGCGAUACUGAAUCACAAAAAAAAAGUGUACAGACGAGCAGUGAAACUGAUAUUGUAUGGGUCAGCCAUAAGAAAUCUCCAUUAGAUAAUGAAGCGACUAAAUUUUUAUUAAACCUUCGAGGAAGACCGGAAUAUCAAAGAAUGUUUUCAGAUAAAAAAAAUAAGAAAAUUAAUAUUUGGCAAAAAAUAGCAGAAGAAAUGAAAAAAGCGGGGUACAAUCUAGGUGAAUCUAUAAAGCAAAACACCGAAAAAUGCAGGCAGAAAUUUGCAAACUUGCAAAAAUCUUAUAUUAAUUUUUUAGAUUCGGUAAAAAAAACAGGCGCAGAAUAUCAAAGUAAGCCUGCAUAUUUUGACGACAUUCACAAAAUUUUAGGAGAAAAAGAUAAAGUUUCACCAAAAUUUUUAAUUGAUUCGAUGACUUCCAGUAAUGAAAAACUCAUACCAACUGAUGUGGAUCUAGCAGAAGCAGGCCCAUCAACAAGAAACGUAGAUAUCAGUUCAGACAGUGAAACUCAAAGCAGACAAGCUUUAGAAGACCCCACAAUGCCAAAAAAUCGCUUUACAGCUGCAAAAAAAACAGUUAGGGAACAAAAUACUAAAGGUAAUAUUGUAGAAGUCAUAAAGGAAAUGAAUGAAAAACAAAUAAACGAAUUAAAAAAUAUAACAUCAAUAAUUAAAGACAACAUGGAAAAACAAAAUGCCCUAUUGCAAACUCAGAGUGAACAAAGGCAAGAAUUAAUAAACAUUUUAAAAACUAUAGUUCAGUCUGAUAGUAAAACAUCUAAAAUUCAUCACAAAAAAAGGCGCAGAUCUUCAACAUCAUCCGAUUAA